ACACCUCACACACUUUGUAAAUAUCUGGACUCUGAUCCAGUGAAAUCAGGUGACUAAACAACGUGUGACUGUCCUUACAUAGUCCUACAUUGUCUGGAAACCAUACCUACAGUUGACUGUGGUUUAUUUAUCACUAUGGCGGGGAGUCUUGUCCAUCUCGUCUGCAUUAUCGCUCUGAUAUCGGUGACAGUUGCCAAGACAUGGACAUACCCGGAGGACGAGGAGAGGGCGAUGUAUCUAUUCAGAGCAUGGAAAGAUAAGCAUGGGAAAACUUAUCCUAGUAUUCGAGUAGAAGACCAAAAAUUCAAGGUGUUCCUGGGUAACCUCAAAGAAAUCAACAAACUGAACAGCCAGCAUAAGGGAAGUCCAGAGUUUGCACUAAAUCACUUUGCAGACAUUUCUCCCGCGGAGUUUCUGUCCACUAUCCUGAUGCCAAAACGUGUUCCACCGAAGUUCGAGGAUGAAAGAUAUAUCAGGCGUGACGUCAUCAACUCGUUACCGACAUCAUUUGACUGGAGAUCUAAAAGCAUGGUGACCUCUGUCAAGGACCAAGGUUCCGCGGGAUCGUGCUGGGCAUUCAGCACCAUCGGAAACUUGGAGGGUCAAUGGGCGAUGGCUGGAAAGAAACUAACGAACUUCUCUGUGGAACAAGUUGUAGAUUGUGAUGGAAUGGAGGAUGUCAAAGGGGGGAAUGCUGAUUGUGGAGUAUUUGGGGGAUGGCCUUAUCUAGCCUACCAGUAUAUCAUGAGAGCAGGUGGAUUGGAAACUUGGGAGGAUUAUUGGUAUUGUUCCGGUCUGGGCGGCGCCCCAGGGACAUGCGAAGUGUGCCCGGCCCCCGGGUUCAACACCAGCCUAUGUGGUCCGCCAAUUCCCUAUUGCAACAUGAGUCAGAGCUGUGUCUUCAAGCUGAACAAAUCGAAGUUUGUUUCUGGGUUCAAGGUCAAUACCUGGAAGGCCAUCAGUGAGAACGAGACUGUGAUUGCGGAUCAGCUAAUGCAGAUUGGACCACUCUCGGUCGCCCUUGAUGCUGAACUAUUACAGUUUUACCACGGAGGAGUUUUCUCUACCCACUUCUGUUCAAAGACGAAACUAGAUCACGCUGUGCUACUAGUGGGGUUCGGCGUAGAGAAAGGACUGUUUGAGACCAAAGACUACUGGACUGUGAAAAACUCCUGGGGCCACAAGUGGGGUGAAAGUGGCUACUUCCGGAUCAAGCGUGGGGACGGCAUGUGUGGCAUAAACACUGCUGUUACCACUGGCGUACUUGGUGCUUAAACAUAGUGUCAUCGUGGAAACGUGGUAUUGGUGACAUAUCAUUGACCAGUGUGACGACUCAGUGUUCAUGACUAAAUUGACUCUGACAACGAUGUAAGAUGUUUGAAGAAACUGCGAUACUAAUAUUUUUCAACAAUAAAUUUUGAUAUUAGAAAUAAAAUUAAGGUGACAAACUAAUAUACAAAAAGGAGGAUAGUUUGCUGGCUUUGAAUCAUAUAACUGUUUCCAGUUUAUCAGUGAUAUUAAGGGAAUGAGAGGAUGAUGUCUAAAAUUAAAUUAUAUGCAAUACCAGUGUUUGUGGAAAGUCUUAUCUUAAAUGGCCACACAUCAGUGGUUUAUCAUUCCGUAAAGAGAUUGACAGAAUUACGACAAUGCAUCCAUCUUUACUUAAAGCAGUGAGUAACUAGAAAGUUAGACAGAUUUUUAUUUUCAAAUGCGAUGAUAUGAAUUAUAAAUUUAAAAUGUAGAUCAAUGUACUUCUUGCAAACAAUAUCGAUAUAACUCGAUUUCGUUCAAACCGACAUUGAUGUCAAAAGAAAAAUUCAGUGGGCUUCUUAUUAAAACUGGGUUUAAUCGAAUUGUCUUCAUAACGGCGUGGGUGUUUAACACAUCCAUUCAAUUCCUCUCUGAUGUUAAUAUUGUUGACGUUUCUAUUGGCAUUUCUGAUGAUUUUAGAAUUAACUUUUAUGCGAUAUGCAUAAUUUAGCAGCUUUCUCAUCACGGAUGCACAUAACAUCGAUUUCAAUUGUAAUGUUGACCCAAUUGUUGCUUGCGACAUAAUUAUGCAAUUUUAAGAUAGCGCGAUGAACCAAUUGGGCCCAGAUAUAUUUCAUAUUUUAUAAUUUUUUGUGAUUUCGUAUACGAGUUGAGUAUUUUAUCCCUUGAUCAUCAUAUUACAAUUAAGCCAAUUUUGAGAUACGUGUAUAAUUUCAUGUGAAGCCAACUUUGAGAUUAAUAUUCAAAUUCCAUGAACAAUUAGUUUUCUGUCCUAUCAGAGGGAAGUGACGAGUUGUCUUCAGGUAGGUAUGUAUUUACAGUGAAAAAUAUAGGUGUGUCUUAAAACAUUAUUGAUUUUAAAGUAUCCCUAGUAUGUAUACAUUCGUUGGUGUUGUAUUGAAGAUAAUUGAUUUCUGACUGGAAAUGUCCGGUUCAGGGUUUGCAUAAAUGUAAUUUGUGUUUGAUAAUCCAAUAAAACCUAUUGUUGUUUGUUUAUA